UGCGAGGAGAAAAUGGACUCUCUCCCUCCUCAGUAUGCUCUGGAGCUCCUGACUGUCUAUGCUUGGGAGCAUGGGAGCCAGGAAACUAGAUUUAACAUGGCCCGGGGCUUCCAGACAGUCCUAUACCUGAUCCAGAGAUACCAGGAACUCAUGAUCUACUGGACCCUCAACUAUGGCAUUGAUAAUGAGGUCAUUGCAGAUUACCUCUGUCGUCAAUUGCGGAAACACAGGCCAGUGAUCCUGGACCCAGCUGACCCAACUGGUGAUGUGGGAGGUGGAAGUCGAUGGCGCUGGGACAAGCUGGCACAAGAAGCUCAAAUGUGGUCAUCUGCCCCUUGUUUUCAAAACUCUGAUGGGACCAGGGUAGAGCCAUGGAAAGUGCCAGUGAGUGGAGCAGACCCUGGAAUCCAGCAAGGUCUUGAACCUAAUCAACCAGCCAUAGCUACAGGCAGAAAAUUCUUCACCUUUAGAAUCCUUCACACCAGGAACUUUCCUAUCUUAUGUGUGAUGUUUGGGACCCUUUAA